AUGUGCGUGUUUUGUUUUCCUCUCUUACUAUAACUUUCGAGUAACUUUAUAGUUUUUACCGGACGCAUUAAACUCUUGAUUCACUGAGAGUUGUUGCUGUAUUGAGAUCUCUUCUCAAUUUAUCACAGCUUCGCAACAAUAAUUGUUAGUUUCUUGUUUAUUUUGUGUUCAGAUGUCCAUCAUGAGGACACAGAUAGAUGUGAUGUGCUGUAAAUCAGUAGGAACGGAUCUGUCCAUGCUGGAUAUUGAUGAUUUAAUGACAGAAAUCUCUCAGCUGAAGAAAGAGGUGGCGUUAUUGGAGGCAAAGCUCGGGGAGAGAGAUGAACUGAACACAAAGGAUGUAUCUGUUUUCUCUCUCUGUGUCAUUUCUGAUCAAACAUCUCCUGAGCUUCUGGUUUCUGUCUGUAAUGAAGAGCAGAAACCAUCAGUGAAUCUGCUGGACUGCAAAAUGGAGCUGAAAACAGAAAUCACUGAAACAGAAGAACACACAGAUGCUGGUUUGAUUCAUCCAGACCUGAUGAAAGUAAAGGAGGAAAUUACAGAACCGAAUGAAAUGGAGGAAAAAACUCAUAUAACUGGAGAAGAAUCGCAGAGCUUCUUAAAGACUGAGGAGAAUUUGUCACCAAGACAAUCUCAAAAUGAAACAACCGAAGAUUCCCUAAAAUGCCCUCAGUGCGGAGAAAUCUUCACUUGUGAAUACAGUUUAAACAGGCACGUCAGACUUCACAUCAGAGAAAAGUCUUACAGUUGUGACCAGUGUGGAAAGACUUUCGUUUUUAAAUCCCACCUCACCAGUCACAUGAAAGUUCACAGUGGAAAAAAGUCUUACAGCUGUGAUGAGUGCGGAAAGACCUUCAUUUGUAAAUUACACUUUACUGAUCACAUGAGACGUCACACCGGAGUAAAGGUUUAUGAAUGUGACCAGUGUGGAAAAACCAUUCAUAAAUACAUUCAUGAUGAGCACAUGAGAAGUCACGCUAGAGAAAGGCCACACAAAUGUGACCAGUGUGAAAAGACCUUCACUCGAAAAUCCCACAUGAACGAGCACAUGAGAAGUCACACUGGAGAAAAGCCUUACAGUUGUGAUCAGUGUGGAAAGGUCUUUUCACGCAAAUGUCACCUUAGUAAGCACAUGAGAAUUCAUACCGGAGAAAAGCCUUACGUGUGUCUUCAGUGUGGAAAGAGUUUUGCUUGGGCAGAUAAUCUGAGAACUCAUCUUUUGUGUCAUUCUGGAGUGAGACCAUUUCAGUGUGAACAGUGCAGUAGAACAUUCAUAUCUGUACGCUACCUGAAGAAGCACAUGAGGACACAUGCAGGUGUGACUAAUGACUAAACACAAGAAAACACAAACAGGUGUGACAUCUCAUAUGUGUUGUGGAAAAGCCUUUACUACAGCUAGCCAAUAAAAAACAGCAUCACAGAUUUCAUACGGGACAUAAACGUUACCCUUGCUCCUCAUGUGGACAGAGUUUUAGAGAGUCAUGUGACUCACAGGAAGAAGUGUUGCAAAGACAACAAAAAUCAUCUUCAAGAAACUGUUUAGACCACAAGAUCCCUAAGUGCUGCUGCUGUAGUCUGCUAAUACUUGUCUAGUGGUGAUUAAGUUAGUCAUUGAUUGACAAGACAAAUGCAGAGGUGGUCAUUGUAAUUAAUGAAAAAAUUUGAAUGUUAGUUUAGCUAUGUUAAUAUUUUAAAAGCAGUCUGAAUGAAUUUCUUUGUGGGGUCAUUCCGUGUCAAUUCCAGAGGUCACCGGCUCAAACUUUAGGCCCCGGUUUUAUAGACCAGGUUUAGCCUAAGCCAGGACUAUGCCUUAGUAAAUUUAGGCUAUUUAAGUCGCUUUUAUUAAAAUGCUGUAGUUUUUUUUACUGAUGUCCAUCUUGACUCAAAACAACAGCACUGACAUAUUUUAAGAUACGUCAGGGCCAGUUAUUUUCAGUUAAGACAGUUCAAACAUUAAUUUUAGUCUGGAAUUUAUCUUAAACCUUGUCUGUGAAACCAGGCCUAGAUUUUUAAAAUCUUUUUACAAAAGCAAGUGCAACAUCAGUAUUGAUGAAUUAAAUACCACAGAUGAAUGGAAACGGAGAAAUCUACUAUAUUGUAGAGGAUAGAAAUUACGAUCUUCAACCGAACUUUGGAGCCAUAUUAGAGGGGGUUGAAAAAUUACAUAAGAAAUAUGCCUGCAUCACAAUUUUAUUUUUCAAAGGAGAUUCGUUUAUGUUCAAUCUGUAACUUUAUCAAUCAUUGAUUCAUUUCAUGCCAAUGGUGACGGUUAACAAUGAGGAAAAAUCUUUUUGUGUGUGUGUAUUUUUUGCAUGUAUGUAAUUCAAAAAUUGCAAGUGACACCUUAAUGUCCUUUUAUAUGCGUCUGCUAGAACAAGUUAUCUUUUGGGAACUACAUUUAUAAGACACUAUGCUUUAGUCCCAGAGAUAAGCGGUUAAAAUGUAAGCUUUUUCAAUCAUCGAAAACCAAAUGUGAGUCAUUUCGUAAAAAUCUGGUACUUCAUUUCUUUUAAAGGGGAAUGUCUUAUAAACAAAUAAUGUUGAAACUAGAAAUGCAUAAUUUUGUCCAUCUAUCAAAACAUGCAUUGAACAUAACCACUUCGGUGUCUUUUUGGCACGGAGUUACUUUGUGUGUUCUGUUACCCUGUAAAAAGGCUACAAAAUGAAUCCACAAAUAUUAAUUACAAAAAAACUAGUAAAAAUGUACUAAAUUAACU